CAGACCCGGGCCCAGCACUGCUGGUCCUCACUAGCAGGAGCUGCCCGUGUCACGCGGUCCUACAGCCGCGGCGGGGGUACCUCGCUGCUGCCGAGCGGGUCAGGUGGGCGCGGGCCGUGGGGCUUGGCGCGGUGGCCGCCCCCCUCCCCCCAGCAGCCGCAGUGGUACAGUCCGCUGGAAAGACUCGGGGCUGCCGGAGUUUCCGCGCCCGCACUGGGUUGGCGGCUCCCCGGAGCAGAGGAGGGCGCGGCGCGGCGGGGGCAGUGGCAGUGGCUAGGGCUGCUGCUGCCGCUACCACCACCACCACCACCACCACCACCACCCCUGUGUGGUGGCUCUCACUAUUUUCUCCUCCCCUUUCUCAGUCAAUUCUUCUUUGAAAUUUUUACCUCUGACCUUUUCUUGCUUGGUUGGAGCCAAGUCCAUCAAGUAGCAGAGUACCUGCUCUCAGAUCAGUAACAGGAAGGAUUGACAGACCCCAGUGCCAAACACCAUUCUCGGUGUUCAAGAUGUCAUUGAAGGUACAGACAAGUAACAUCACAAACAAGAACGACCCCAAAUCCAUCAACUCCAGAGUCUUCAUUGGCAAUCUCAACACAGCGGUGGUCAAGAAGUCAGACGUGGAGACCAUUUUCUCCAAGUACGGCAGAGUGGUUGGCUGCUCUGUUCACAAAGGCUACGCAUUUGUUCAGUACUCAAAUGAAAGGCAUGCAAGGGCUGCUGUCCUGGGGGAGAAUGGGAGAGUACUCGCCGGGCAGACUCUGGAUAUCAAUAUGGCUGGGGAACCUAAACCAAACAGACCCAAAGGACUGAAGAGAGCACCUUCCACCUUGUACAGUGGUUAUGACUUUGACUAUGAAUACUACAGAGAUGACUUCUAUGACAGGCUUUUCGAGUAUCGAGGCCGGGUCUCUCCUGUCCCCAGGGUGGUUCCUGUGAAGCGUCCACGAGUGACCAUUCCUUUAGUGCGGCGUGUAAAAGCAACACUGCCUGUCAAACUUUUUGCCAGGUCGGCCGUCAUUGCAAACAGCUCUGCCAAAUUAAAAUUGAAAUGCAGUGAACUGCAGACAAUCAAAACUGAGCUGACACAGAUCAAAUCCAACAUUGAUGCUCUCCUGGGCAGAUUGGAGCAGAUUGCUGAAGAACAGAAAGCAUCCACAGAGGUACGAAAGAAAGCAGAUGGAAACAAAAGUGAGAUCUCCCAGGAAGACACAGCAUCAGAGACAGAAAUCAACACAGAGGAGCCACUGAAUGGGGAAGAGGGAGAAGAGGAAGGACUCACGCGAGAUGACUGUGAAGAUGAACUGGAGAACAGUCACUACACAGAUGUCGAGGAUGCCAGCCUACAGUAACCAGGUACAACUAGCACAGCUCACAUGCCACUCAAGUCCCAAACAGUUGCCUGAUGGAUUCUGUGCAAAAGUUCCCAGGUUCUACAUGCUUUUAACUGCUCUGGGAGAGGCUCUUUUCUACAAGCCUUGUGAAUUUUCCCAACACUACACCUGACUUUUCAGCUGGGCCUUGGGUUUACCCUUAGUACCAUCUCCUAAGCCACCUGCUUGAGGUUCAAGGAAAGUGACACUUUUUCUUUCCUUCCUCUCUCCUAGUAGCCUAUUCAGAACAGGAGUGAGCAGUGGUGUGAGGGAAGGAUGAGGCUAAACCCUGUAAUGGUAUGUUGAGCCAGAUGAGCAUAAAAUGCAGUGCUGCUGUCAUCUCUGCCUGACAUUCAAAAGGAGAAACAGACUGACAUCUUCAACCCACCUGUAAAGCAAAGACAAAGAAAACCAGUCAUCCAAAUGGAUCCCCACUCCCCUCGCCAAUGGAUUCAGAGCCCUACUGCCAGCACGGAUAGCAGACAAACCCCACACACACCAUGAUCCUCACUGGCCAAGAUGCUGACAGAGGCUGCAUUGACAAACAAAUCAGGGACAUUUUAGAGCUUUUCUUAGGGGUGGGAGAAAGAAAAAUAAGAGAGCAAAGAUGUUUGCUCCUGUGAUACACAGGACCAGCAUGUUUAUUAACUGUGGGAAAAGACUCUCCUGCUCUGAACAAUCUAUGGUUUCAAACUUAUGGUCACGUUCAUGAAUGGGGCAUGCAAGGAGCUCCCCAUUCCUUGUUUGGUUUUCAUCCUGUCACAGUCACCUUGGGUGCACAGUCACUUCCAUGUGUAAGGGAAUGUGUAGCGUGCCCCUUGCUGUGUGCUGGGCUCUUAGAAACUGCAUGAAAAGAGACAGAAAGGAAGCCAUGUACAGAAGAACAAGUGAUUUUGAGCAAGAGAAACAAAGCACCUUCAAUCUUCAGGUAUCCUAGACAUCUGGUCUCCUAGACAUGUGACUGACUAUAGAUUAAAAAAGACGAGGCAAGCAAACAGUCUUUGUGAGGUGGGUAAUGUGAAAGCCUUUACUGGACCAACAAGUCAAACAGUUCAGGGAUGUGAUCAAACUCUUACUCUCUACCACAACACCUAUACCGUGUUCAGUGGACAACUCCAUACUCUAUAGAAAAAUGUUCACACAUGUCCCCUUGCUUCAGCCUCACUCUGGUUUUCCUUGGUCAUGUCAGGGAGUGGGGGAAGGAGGAAAUUGUUCCUUAUACCAAAGGCUGCAUCCAACAUCGCAGUGUAUUGUGAUGGGUCCAAGUGAUGCUGUAACUCACCUAUAUGUAAAAGAUUUGUAAAGAUUAGUGCCAAGAGUGCUGGGCAUGAGGAAACUGGAAUAUUCUGUCCCUACCCGAUCUCCACAUUCAAACUACUCUUGACCUACUCACAACCCUAAGAACAAAAGAUAGCAGCAGACAUAGUGCAGUUUUCUCAAGGGAAACAUUCUGUAAUACAAGGUCUAAGCAGACCUCUCGCAUGUCCAGCUAUUGUGAUUUCACAGCUUCCCUCUUUCAUGGGCUUGUUCCUAGUUUCUAGUUUCCGAGGCUGGUGGAGCCAAGAAUCUCAACCACUCAAACUGGACACCCUUUCAUAUGUAUCUGGUGCUUUGCCCCCAGAGAACUGCCCAAGCCUUCUCCCUGAUAAAGCUCCAAAACAGAAGGAUGAAACCAACAGAAUCAUAGAGAUCUGCUAGACCAGUGUCCGGCAGGCCUCCUGGUUUCUACUGCAACACUCAAAACCUGACUUCUUAUACAGUUUUUACAUGGGGGUGUUAAGGGGAAAGGGAAAGCAAGUCAAGGGCAAGUGUUUCCCCCUUCAAAAGAACCCAUUUUGUAGUGAUCAUGACUCUUGAAGCACAACAUUUGACUUGCAUUUCUUAGUUGAAAAUAAUUCAGAAGAGAUAAAGGGGGCAGCUGUUCUUUUCUUUUUCUUAUUUUCUUUUUUUGUCUUCCUUUCAGCUUUCCUUCCAUCCUUCUGUCCUUUCUUCCUUCCUUCCCCUCUUUAGUUCCUGUACAGUUUGUACAUUGUGUUGUACUGAGCUGUUGUAGAGUUUUUUUCUAGGCUUUGAGAGAUGAGCUGCAGUUUUUGCUAUGAACUGAUCAUGAUGCUGAGGUUUUGGAGGAAGGUAGCCUUGUACAUAAAAAUCCUGUAAAAUAAAAGAGGGAAAUCUA